AUGACAUCAUCUGCUAAACUUGAGAAAGCUGUGGAACAAUUGCAAAAGAAUCCUUAUUAUGAAAAAUACGCGGAUCGUAUUGCAGCUUUGCAGAAAACUUCUCCUGAAGAGUUCUUGCAAAGAUUAGAAAAGCAACAAAAAAUAAAAGAUGAAGAGAAAAAAAAGAAGUUUAGUCCUAUUGAUACCAGGCAGUUUUCUUCAGUUUUAAAUCCCAAAAAAGCUCUACAGAGUGAUUCAACAGUGGAAGAUAAAAAGCUUGACACUAUUUUUAAACUUGAUCUGGUUAAAGAUAAAGAUGCAUUGGAAAUCCAAAGUAUAUGGGAAGAAUAUCAUAAAAACAAGGAAGUUAUAUCAGCAAUAAUUCCAGUGGAGCUAUAUACUACACUCCAACAGAAAAUGCGGGAGUAUCCUACGUUCAUAUUCCCACUGCCUCGCUCGCAGGGCUAUGAGUUUAUCAUGAGUCAGUGCUAUGGACAAGCAGUACACUUUACUCCCCUCCUUGCAUUUCAGGUACAUAAAGAAAAUGCUCCUGAAUGCUUAACAAUGGUGCAUUAUACAGAACUGAGCGACAAAGGAAUUAUUCUCAUGAGAGGUGAAUAUGACAAGAAUGUAUUAAAUGGUCAAGAAGCACAAUGUUUGGCAAAUCAAUUUCAAAUGUAUUUUUGUGGUAAAGAUAAAGCAAAACUUCAACUCUUGGAGACAUUCAAUAAAAAACCUGACUCGUUCAAACAUAUGGACCUCAUUUCAGAAUUAGAGAAUAUUAGCCUUGUGUGA